GCUGUCAGUCCCGCGGCAGUCCCGCGGCGCGGCGGGGCGAUGGCUGCGCUGCGGUGGAUGCUGCGCUGGGUGACGGCGGCGGCGGCCGCGGUGGCGGCGGCGCUGGCGCUGGACAACGGCCUGGCGCGGACACCGCCCAUGGGCUGGCUGCACUGGGAGCGCUUCCUCUGCGCCACCGACUGCGCCGCCGACCCGCGCCGCUGCGUCAGCGAGCAGCUGUUCGUGGAGAUGGCUGACAGGAUGGCUGCCGACGGCUGGAGGGACGCCGGCUACGAGUUCAUCUGCAUUGACGACUGCUGGAUGGCCCCGACGCGGGACCGGCAGGGCAGGCUGCAGGCGGACCCGAAACGGUUCCCCGGCGGCAUCCGCAAGCUGGCCGACUACGUGCACUCCAAGGGUCUGAAGCUGGGGAUCUACAGCGAUGUUGGCAAGAAGACAUGUGCUGGCUUCCCUGGCAGCUACAACCACUAUGACCUGGAUGCCCAGACAUUUGCUUCCUGGGGUGUGGACCUGCUCAAGUUUGAUGGCUGCAACUCUGACUCACUGGAGCUGCUGGCAGAAGGAUACAAGCGCAUGUCUCUGGCCCUGAACAGGACUGGAAGGAGCAUUGUGUACUCCUGUGAGUGGCCCUUCUACCUGAGGCCUGUGCAGCAGCCCAAUUACACAGAAAUCAAACAGUACUGCAAUCACUGGAGGAACUUCUAUGAUGUCUAUGACUCCUGGAGCAGCAUCAAGAGUAUCUUAGAGUGGACAGCACUUCACCAGGACACCAUUGUGCAGAUAGCUGGGCCAGGGGGCUGGAAUGAUCCUGAUAUGCUGGUGAUUGGAAACUUUGGGCUGAGCUGGGACCAGUCGGUGACUCAGAUGGCCCUGUGGGCCAUUAUGGCCGCUCCCCUGUUCAUGUCCAACGACCUGCGGCACAUCAGUCCUGAGGCCAAGUGUCUGCUCCAGAACAAAGAGGUGAUCGCCAUCAACCAGGACCCGCUGGGCAAGCAGGGAUACCAGGUUGUCAAGGAUGGGAACUUCCAGCUGUGGGAGCGGCCCCUGUCUGGCCGAGCCUAUGCUGUGGCAGUGCUGAACCAGCAGGAGAUUGGAGGACCCCAGAACUUCACCUUCUCCCUCACCUUCCUGGGCAAUGGGCUGGCCUGCAACCCGGCCUGCUCCAUCCGACAGGUGCUGCCAGCCAGCAGGGACUGGGGCGUUUACAGCUGGAUCUCCUCCCUGAGCGUGGAGGUGAACCCCACAGGCACUGUGCUGCUCAAAGUCCUGCCACUGUAGGCAGCACAAAGACAAGCUUUUCCUAAGCUUUAGGCUCUGUCUGCACUUGUGGCAAGAAACUUGUCUCCUUCUUCCAAGCAGGUGCUUUUUUUCCUCAGGCAUUCAUUAUCUGAACUUUCAGCCUAAUGUGACAAAUAGCCAUCACUCCAUCAAGAGGUGACCAAGGGGGAACAGCAGAGCAGUGUCCCUGUCCCUGGCAUCUCACCCGACUCCUCCAAGGGAGGACUCCAGCAGGGCAGCAACUGCUGUUUAUACCCACUGCCACUACCAAGCAAGAAAACAGCUGGCCUUGAGCAUUUCAGGGACAGUAGAGAAACACACCUUGGCCACUUUGGUGUUUUCCAGAACAGGGCACACAGUCCAAGAACAGCUGCUCCCACCCCUGCUGAGGAAACCCAACACUGCACAUGCACUUCCAUCUUUGGACAACUCAGGGACUGACAUGAACCACUGCACGUCUUAGCAACUUUAUUGACAGCUGCUAUCAUGCCUUAGGACUCAAGUUUUUGAGGGUUUCUCCUCGCUCCAGGAGUCUCUCACCAGUGGCUGUCACUUCCUUUUAGAUGACAACUCCCUCUCCACCCUUUAUGUGGCCACCGGAGUCCCUUUUCUCCAUGAAUCCUGCCUCCCAGAAAUCUGAGUGUGCUUGCUUCCCACUGCUGGCAGCAGCCUUUAACUUGAAUAACAUGGGCUCUCCGACACAGGAGAUGGAUAAUCACUUAAACAACCAUCAUGUGCAAGUAUAUUCUCCUCUGGCUACGAUACAAUCAGGAUUUCUUGAUUUGUUCUUCUGUGAUUAAGCACUUUGAUUAAAAUCCCUUUAAAAGGC